CUAAAUAAAUCACAUUGAUAAAGAAAAAUAGACACUAUGGGAGUAGAAGAAGAAGAAGAGUCAAUGAGUAGGAGAAGCAGUCUCUCGAGUUUCCUCAAAGUCUUGUCUUCUUACAACUCCAAUGUCCUCUUAGCUGCUCUCGUCUUCCUUCUCUUAGUCGUCCUCUUCGUCUUGCUUCUCCAUUUCUACGCCCGCUUUUUCUGGUCGCACUCCGACCAAGAAUUCUCCUCCGCUCGACGCCGCCGGAGAAGAAGAAGAAGAACCGUCACAACUACAAGAAUCAUACCUCCAGCCCCACUCGGAGGUUUCGACGGUGGGGUUUCUCCUGCUACUGAUGCUGCUGCAACAAGCGAUGACAAAGGUUUGGAUUCUUCAGUGAUCUCUUCGAUUCCUCUGUUCAUGUACGACGAUGACAAGAAAGACGAAGAAGAAGAAGAGGAGGAGUGUGUGAUAUGUCUUGGUUUGUGGGAAGUGGGAGAGUUGGGAAGAAAGCUGAGAACAUGCGGACAUGGGUUUCACGUUGAGUGUAUAGACAUGUGGUUGUCUUCUCACUCUACUUGUCCUCUCUGUAGAUCCCCUGUUCUCGCCGUCUCCGAUCAAGAAAAUCUCAGACCGGUCAUCAACGACGAUGUCGAUGUACUGGAAGAAGAAGAAGAAGAAGAGGAGUUUAGACUGCAUUUGUUUCCAGACGGAGAAGAUGAGAAUGUCGCGUCUCUUGCUUUGAUGGAAGAUGAUCUCAAAACAGGGGUUGAUGACUGUAACGGUGUCGGAGAAGGAGAGGUUAGAAUUGAAGUGUUGGAUGAGGAGAUCAGCGGCGGAGGAUCAAGAGGCCAUCGGAGAUCAACGUCUUCGAUGGCGUCGAGUUCGUUGAAGAGGAUGUUGAGUAGUAGAAGUAGACCGGAGUGUAGCAAGGUGUUCCCGUCGGCGACGCAAGAUUCAUCUCCGUAAAAUUAAACAUAUAUAAAUAAAAAUCUUGUAAACAGUUUUGGAAAUGUACUAAAAUGAAUAAACAAAGCCUUGUAUUAAUCUAGUUGAUUAAGCUCUGGUUGAAGCUAAUGAUUAUGAUGACUUGACUU